GUUUCGCUGUGUUCUAUGUUCAAUUUGAAUGAGCAAUAAUAAAAUCGAUUAUUAGGAAAUAGAAAUUUUUUGAGAUAGUUUAUAACAGAAUGAGCUCAAGUAGAUCAGACUUACUGGCUACAUGCCUCAGAAUAGCAGAAGCUGAAGAAUACAUCGACGUUGUCGAGAAGCAUGGUAUCGAUACCUUCAGUUUAAAACUGUUGAAUCGUGACGAUCUCGAAGUAUUAGGCUUGACUGAUAAGCUCAAACAAGAUAUUUUCCUCGAAAAUAUAGCUACGCUUCAGAUUCCUUCGGAAGAAGUCAAAAGCACUGAUAUCGAUCAAGAGUACGUUAAGUUGGUGCUGUAUUUGAUAUCGGCUCAUUUACAGAAGCAUUUGGCUAGUUUGUCGUGUGCGGUUAUGAGGAAAGAUGUGGUAGUUAAUGACAUUGAAUUGACACCGUCGAUUAAGUGUCUGGAACAAUGUAUUGAAACUCUUCAAGAACAAUGUAGAAGAUGUCGCAAAUCCGUUAGGAAACCUGAAAAACAAUGGAGAAAGUAUAUCGUGUGUAGUGUUGUUAUGGGAAGUUUUCUGAUAGGUUCUCUUGUCAUUUUUGUUCGUAUUAAAUAAUUGUUGAUUUGAGUUUUCAUCCAUUGAGAUGGGCUGAAAACGAAUAUUUGUUUCUCUCAAUUUUCUUCUGAGCUAUAUAUCAUCUGGAAAAACUAUUUUGGUUCUUUUUCAUAUGAGUAAUACCAGGAAACCUUUUAGAUACCUUUAUUUCACAACUGUAUCACAAAAAAAUUCUAUCACAGAAUUAUUCAUUCGAAAAGAUUCAUCAACAAUAAAACUUCGGAUAAUUUCUAACAAUAAGAACAACACUAACGAGAUAGGAACAAGAAUGUUCAAUUAAUAAACAUAUUCUUGAACUAAAAGAAACAAUAACAUCGUUGAUCUUUAAUCUAACUAAUAGAAUAUGAAAUAAAUAAGGAAUAAGAUAAUGAUGAAAAUAUCAUACGAUCCAAGGGUGAUAAUACUUUGAAAAUGUUACAAACGUUAACAAGCAUUAAAAACUUUGGAAAUAAAAAAUGUUGAUCAUAAGAGAAUAUUCAAACAGAUCUGCGUAUUCCGAGCAAUCUUUGGUAUCAAUAGUAGAGAUUAAAUACUUGAAACACCUUACUAUCUAAUACAUGCAACAAGAACUGUAUAACAGAAACAUAAAAAAAUACUUGUCUCCAUUUAUAUAAAUGUCUUUUAUAAGAAGGUUAUUCAAUAAAACAAAAGUUCUUCACUGACCACAAUAGAUGUUUCGGAAAGCAACAUGAUGAAGCAUCUAAUAAUUGUGUUUUGAAAACUCUAUACUUCAACAGUAUACAGCAGAUACUGGCAAGGCUUAAUGAAGAGUAGCUUCUAACCUAUUUAGUAACUACAUCGAUUUUAGGAUAAAAAUCUUGGCAAAGCAGUAACAAAAAAUUGCAUGAAAAAAUACAUUAUGUAUUCAUCCAUUAUAUAUGAGGAAACUUGU